AUGCCCCAGCUGGCCAUGAUUAUUUUGCUCAAUCUGCUAAAAUGUGUGCUAAUAUUCUACCUUGUGUAUUACAUAGUCCUGUGCUUUUGUUUUACAGCAUUCAGAAUUCAAAUGUUGGAUGGAUUUGCACCUUUUGAUUUUAAGACAAAGCCUUCAUGGUUUAACCCCUAUUAUUUAGUUCUUAUAAUAUCAAUGGAAAUAGCCUAUGUCAUCUCUGGCCUGCUCUUUGCCUUGCUAGUAGAAGAAUGGGUUUGGGAUUAUGCCAUUACUAUUACAAUCAUUCACAUCACAGUAACUUCAGCAGUAAUGGCUGAAUUUCCACUGAUAUUGCACUGGUGGGCAGCUUUAGGUUCUGGCCUCAUUUUAAUGAUUUGCAGUGGUCAAUGUUUGGCUUUUUACCUGUUCAAGAACAAUUUUAUUUAUCCUAUUCUUGAUGAUUUCUGA